ACAAGAUUAGUUGUUUCUGAGGGAAUGGAAAAAUCGGUAUAUAUAUUGAUGAAAUUUUAUAGAAAUACCGUUCAAAUGGCACAAAUUACGAUUAUAAAGAAACGUCUAGGCAAAAUGUUUUCCGAGGCCAAACAUUCCUGAAAGUUUCAUCCUAACCCAUCCAGCGGUUCUUGAGAUAUCUUGUCAACGGACAAACACGAUUGAAAACAAUAGUUCCGCCUUUGCUAAGGCGGAGACAAAAUGUAUUCCUUUUUUUGCGGCACGUAUUCAUAUCCUCUCAGUUCUGGAGCCAGCUUGAUUAUCCAGGGUGAGAACAUAUGGUCUUACCCUUUGUCCCUGGGAAGAGGUAGGUGCCUCAUCUGGGACUCCUUUUUUCCCUUCCACAUACUAGAUGCUGCGCAAAAUGGGAGGGCCACUGCUUUUGUAGCCGAACGGACUUGGCAAUGAACCACCUCUUCCAGCUUGUGACGUUUGGAGGGUCUGGGCUGCUAACGGCGAAGUCCUUUUUAUCGUUGGUGGCUCACGUUACCGAGAUGACAAGGGAUGCCCGUAAUGGUGCUUAGCUGUUCCAAUGUCUUAGCCUCGCCACUGACCGUGGUAAUGCCUCCAGCGUUUUUACUUGCUUCAGUAAAUUCCGUAAGGCUCUUGGUUUUGAAUUCAUAUGGGAUUUCUUUUUCCCUUUCUCUCUCUCAUUUUUUUUUUCAUUUAUUGACUAUAAAAAGGUUUAUGCUACUAGAAACCAGAGUAACAAACCAAAAAAGUCGCAAGAAAACAUCAAUAAACUGAUUUAUGCCAAUUUUUUUUUUUUUUAAGUUCAUAAGCACAUUUUAAAGUUCAAACCCUUUCAAAAUGCAUGAUUAAACACUCCAAAGCACAAGAACAAAAUUAAAUAUUCCGAAGUACAUAAUUACUAAUCAGUUUAAAAGAUAUUACAUUAAAUUGUACUAACUUUUUGCGUUUUAUAAAAUUAUGAGUACGAAACUAGUAAUACUAACUCUGUAUGUCACCCCCCCCACUCCGUUUGGCUUUGUUGGCAUUAUUUGACAACAACUUGUUAAUAUUAAUUAUAAAAUGUUAUAUAUUUUAUUAAAUUGUAUUUACUUCAUUACAAUUUAAUCAUACCAUCGACAAAUUAUAUUAAUAUAUAUAUAUAGAAAUAGUUGGUUGAGAUAACAUCUAACUCUGUUGUCCCAUCGAAACCUCUUUAAUUAAACACCAAAUGUAAUCCUAUCAUCUGAAUAUCACAUGACAUUGGCACCAAAGCAUUGUUUCCAUCAGAUAACAUCAUCAAUAUUCACCACCUUUUAAAGACUGAAAGAAAAUAUUGCACAAAACAGAUUUAAUAACUCCAGAGAAUUCCAGUGAAAUAUUUCUUCUCAACUGAGAUUGAUAGCAACAUUUCUCUUGUGAAAUGUUUGGAAUGUUGACAAGAUUAUUUUGUACUGAAGUUGAACUUGGAUAAUUUUAAAAGGAAUCUCAGAGUAUUUUCAGAUAUCAAAAAGGAUUGUAUUUGAUGGAAAGGAAGCUGUAGCAGUAUUUGUUUGGAAUAAGUUGUAGGAGAAAAACAAAAACUGUAUCCAUAUAUGUUGUAUUGAUUGAAAAAGGAUAAUGGACAAACGGACUAUUUAAGUUAGUUGAAGAAUAUAUUUUUAUUCUGAAGAGAUGUCACAAGAGAAACCACAAUCAGCUUUUCAAUGUGAUAUCUGUAAAAAGUCUUUCACUGAGAAACGUAAUCUAAAUACUCACAGACGUAUCCAUACAGGGAAGAAGCCAUAUCAUUGUGACAUCUGUGGCAAAUCAUUCUCUUACAAUAAUAUCUUCAUUAAUCACAAACGUAUUCAUACAGGAGAGAGGCCAUUUCACUGUGAUGUCUGUGGACAAUCAUUCUCUCGAAGUUGCAGAUUAACUGAUCAUGUACGUAUUCAUACAGGAGAGAAACCAUUUCCCUGUGACAUCUGUGGUAGAUCAUUCUCUCAAAUUAGUCACUUAACAACUCACAAACUGAUUCAUACUGGGGUGAAACCAUAUCACUGUGAUAUCUGUAAUAAAUCAUUCUCUCGACAUAGUUAUUUAACCGUACACAAACGUAUUCACACUGGAGAGAAUACAUUUCGCUGUGAUACAUGUGGCAAAUCAUUUUCUGUUGCAAUGCACUUAACAACACACAAACGUAUUCAUACAGGAGAAAAGCCAUUUCACUGUGAUAUCUGUGGUAAAUCAUUCUCUCGAAAUAGCAAUUUAACUGGUCACAAACGUAUUCAUACAGGAGAAAAGCCAUAUCACUGUGAUAUCUGUGGUAAAACAUUCUCUCGGAGUAACCAUGUAACUUCACACAAGCGUAUUCAUACAGGAGAGAAGCCAUAUCAUUGUCAUGUCUGUGGUAAAUCAUUCUCUGAAAACAGUACCUUAACUAAACAUGUGUCUAUCCACAUAAAGGUGUGACUAUCAUUGCUAAAAUUCAUUACAUCUCACAACUACCAUCAGCAUUUUUUUUUGUCAUUUCCUCUAAUAAAUCAUGGGUUAGUUCUGUGGAUUUUACAGUAAUCCAUGAAUUUUUGACGUAAAUUAUACUUAACAUGUUUAUUUCUGUGAGGCACUAUUUUCUGGCCACUUUCUCUGUUUAUAGCCCUUUUAGCAUUCCCUUACAACAUACACGGAUAUGGCAAUCUAUUUGCAUCAUCAUCAUCAUCGUUUAACGUCUGCUUUCCAUGCUAGCAUGGGUUGGACGAUUUGACUGAGGACUGGCGAACCAGAUGGCUACACCAGGCUCCAAUCUGAACUGGCAGAGUUUCUACAGCUGGAUGCCCUUCCUAACGCCAACCACUCAGAGAGUGUAGUGGGUGCUUUUAUGUGCCACCUGCACAAGGCCAGUCAGGCGGUACUGGCAAUGGCCACACUCAAAUGGUGUAUUUUAUGUUCCACCCGCACAGGAGCCAGUCCAGGGGCACUGGCAACGAUCUCGCUCAAAAGUCAUUACACAUGCCGUGGGCACAAGUGCCAGAAAGGCAACGCUGGGCACAGGUGCCAUCCCGAUUUCGCUUUCACUUGCCCCAAUAAGUCUUCGCAAGCUGAGUUUCGUGUCCAAUGAAGGAGACGACGUUGGCAUGGGUGCCAGAUCUUUGUCUUAUGUUACCAUAAAUAAAAAUAUUUUAUAUACACAUUCACACAGAAGAGAUGAUGUAAUGAUAUAUAAGGGAACAGAAAACAGUUUCAAUCAUGAUAUUCUUUAACAAAAGCCUGACUGAUACAUAAAAUUAUUUUCUGCAGAAAAAACAAUUCCUGCUAGUGUCUCUUUCAAUAGACUAAACAAGUUUCCUUCUUUUACAUAGAAAUCCAUCCAUUUCCUCCAUCCACUCUUCCCGUGUGGGCGUCAUUGGAUUAGAACCCUCCUCUAUGCAGAUCUAUCAGAAACAGCAUUCAUUACAGUUUCCAGUUGGGUUCUCACACGUGACUGACAAAUAUGAUGUUUAUCAAUCAACCAUCGCAUUCAUGGCCUACCACUGAGUCUCCUGCCAGUUAGCUCUGUUUGAAGAAUGCAUUGUGUGUGUGAUUCUUUCCUGUAAAAUUCUAAUCACAUAUCUGUUGUGUCAGAGCUGUGACUUCUCUAUGCAGAUGAGUAAUGGCUCCACCUGGAGAGACUCUCUGAUCUCUGAGUUACGUACCGUGUCCAGUAACGUUACUUUAGAGAUCUUUUCGUCAUUCCCAACAUCAAUGACUGUAGUUGAUGAUUGAAGAUUAGAAACACUAUUCUAUAUUUUUGAAAUGAGGAAUUAUGUGCAUCUACAAUGGACGAAUAUUUGUCCUGAUCUUGUUUGUUGUUACCACAACGUUUCGGCUGAUUUACUCUCCAGUUUUCAUCAGGUGUUCUGGUGGAAGGAUUAGGUUCGAAAUUCCACCAGAAUAUCUGAUGAAGGCCAGAGAGUACAUUAGCCGAAAUGUGGUAACAACAAGGUGAGGACACCUAUCCGUCAUCAUCGUUUAACGUCCGGUUUCCCUGCUGGCAUGGGUUGGACGGUUUGACUGAGAACUGGCAAACCAGAAGGCUGCACCAGGCUCCAAUCUGAUCUGGCAGAGUUUCUACAGCUGGAUGCCCUUCCUGACACCAACCACUCUGAGAGUGUAGUGGGUGUUUUUAUGUGCCACUGGCACAGGGGUCUAGUCAGGCAGUACUGAUGAAGAUAGCAAGUUUUUUUUUAACAACCUCUCUCUCUCCUUUUAUGAGGAUCAAAUGCUGCAGCUGGUUUUGUCACUGUGGCUGCUCCUGCAUUUCUUGAUAUAGUAAAACAAGAGUGGCAGUGUGGUAAGUAGCCUGCUUAUCAACAACAUGGUUCUGGGUUCAGUCCUACUGUGUGGAACCAUGGCACGUGUCUACUGCUAUAGACUUGGGCCAACCAAAGUCUUGUGAGGGAAUUUGGUUGAUGGAAACUGAAAGAAGCCUGUCAUAUAUAUAUAGAUAUAGAUCGCUGACCACUACACACAUUUCUUUUCUCUCCUUAUUUCUUUCUGUUGAAGAGCGUAGCUCGAAACGUCAAAGACUUUCUCUAUUCCCGAGCGUUAAACUAAUACAUCCAUUUGUUAUUUACACCACCUGUCUUCGUCUGUUGUUUUUUACGUAAAUUCUCCCGGGUGUCUUGGUGGUCUUGUGGGUAGAGACAUAAUUAGACAGCCACAUUGAACAUCCAGAGCAGGGUUCAAUCCUACCCAGGGCCUGCAUUAAGGGGUUUUACUAAAAUUUUUCACGGCAGUGCAUCAGCAUGGCCACAGCUCUAAGCUGAAACUAUAAAAAAAAAAAAUAUAUAUAUAUAUAUAUAAGGCAAGGAAGACAAUGGAGAAGAGAUUCGAUUGACAAGCAUCAGUAAGAUUUAUUUACUAUAAUCAUAGGAAUAAAUACAACUCCACUCUUACAGCUGUUUCCAUUUUGGGGAUCCAGUAUGCUAAAGUUGACAUAUCAUAUAAAAACUGAACUGCAAAGCUUCACCAGAGAGUCAGUGAGUCCACAAUGGUAAGGAUACAAGGUAAAAAGUAAAGCCCAAGGCUAUAUUCAGAGGUUGUGAGAUCACAUCUUAUUGCAAUUUGAUGGAGGAGAUAAUAAAGAUAUAAUGUAGCACUCAAAAAUGCAGUUUAUAAGGGUAAAAUUAAAUAUAUUCUCAAUAAUAAUGGAAAUGUUAAGGAUAAUUAUGGCAACGUAGUAAUUAAUAAAGAUGAAAAAUACAAGUGAGAGAAAAAGAAAACAUUCAGUUCCUGAAAAAAAAAAAUGCCAAAUCUAAAAUAUGUUAAAUUGUAUGGGGGGAAAAAAAAAGGGAGGCGGGGUGAAUUAAAAUAAUUAUUGCUAAAUAAAAUGACACUUCCGAAGAAAAACUAAAAUUCCUUGCACUUUCCGUUGCUGUUGUCUUUAUUGAACUUAUAAUGCUGAAUAUGCUCCUUUCUCACUUCCAUUAUAGCUUCGGAAAGAAAUGUUAAAACUGAACUGCACUCUUCAAAAGUUGCACUAAGAAUAAGUUGAUGUUUUAUUGCCCACAAGGGGCCGACAUAGAGGGGACAAUACAAGGACAUGUGGGGACAUAUAACAAAUUAAAAAAACAAUGAAAGAAGUAAAAUAAACAAAAGCGUAUGUUACAAUGAACGACAAUAUGAAGUU